UAUAGUGUCUAUAACAUUGAAGGAGUAAACAGAACCCAAGUAAACUGACAAGAUCUUCAAUCAGUUGAAUCACAGGAUGAACUUUGCAGUAAAAAUAAUUCUAUCUAUGGUGUUUGUCUUCGCCUAUUUCAACCUGGUGUUUGCAAAACCUCUUUUCUUGGAGAAGCCACUUCUGCGCAGCCAGGCCCUCAAACAACAUUCACAAAGUCAAGACUCUCAGCCUGUAGUUGACGCUAUUGAACCUGAAGAGAGCAUAAGUCAAGAGAGUAAUCACACGAGUGAUGGAAAUGGGUUCCUGGAAAGUCCAACUGCGCAUGAUCGCAUUGCCAGGAAUACUCACUCUUGUGUUUCAAAAGUUGUGAGAGAGUUCGAUUCGUGUAGAAAUCUCUGGGUUGAUAAGGUAGAAUGUAAAGGGAGACAUCCAUCCUGUAAUUAUGUAAUACCUAUACACAAAGUACCUAAGUGCCACACAGUGUACGGCUUCAGAAAUGCUACGUUCGUGAACAAAUGUUCUGCGUUGCCAAUAGAUUGUCAAUGUGCCUCUUAAAUUAACUUUGAUAAAAAAAGUAAUGUAAAUGUAAAUCAACGUUAUCUUAUUUUGUAAUUUACUAUUCUUACUAGUAACAGAUUAAAACAACACUUUACACAAAGCUUUUUUAAGGCUUAGACAAGUGCUAUAUAUAUAUAUGUAUAUUUCUGCGGAUGUUGUAAACAGCUGGUCUGUUUUAAUGAUGUCGUAGGUUUGAAAAUAAACUUGAUUCAGAGACUGCGAAAGAACUUGAGAUGUAUUGAUAUGGUGUAACAGCACGGAGGGGAGCAACUCUUGAAAUCAUCCACAAGCAAGUGUCAUGAGACAUUUCUUAAUUUGUUCAAGAUUCCACGAUAAGCUCGUUUUUCAUUCCCAGGUUUGGAACCCGAGUUCAGAUUUCUCUAAAUCCGGAGCCUAAUGUUGAUGCAGCGAGACAAACUGAUUUCUCUUGUCUGCUCGAUAAAGCCGGGAUUGCCAUUUCAUGCAUACAGGCUUUUGGGAAUUUUUGACAAGGAAAUUUCUAGGUGAGUAAAUUCCCUGUUAGUUAAG